UACUCUGAGAAGGUGUUUGGGUGGCUUUCCGCGAUGGAUCGCAUGUUGAGUAUUUUUCAAAGUGUUUCUGGAGCGAAGCGUGAGGAUAUUUCGAUAUUCCUGAAGGCUUUCAGGGAGCAUCAAUGUUUCCAGCAAGCAGCCGGAGGGAAAUCUGAAUUCGUGUCUCACGUAACCGGCCUUUUAUCAAAUGCUGGCACGAGAUACCAAGGACUUCUUUUAUUGGACGAAAUUCUUCAACAAUGCUCACUGGAUAUUCUGGAGCAAAAAGGAGCCCUUUGGGCCGGACUUUGUAUCAAGACCUGCAGCCAGAAGAAUAUGUUCGCUUGUGUACCGAUGGCAUGUCGGUCACUGAAUACCCUCAUUGAGAAGUCUGUUGAGAUCCCAGAAUUGUCCAAAGCAUUCACCAACCAUUUGCUGGGAAAUUUUUUCGAUGCGCUGAAACAUUCACCAUCGAGCGGACAUUUAGGUAUGCUGGAAUGUAUCGAGACAGGACUCCGUGUUUAUCCCGCCUCUUGUGGGCCUCACAGAGGAGCUAUCGAAAAGUUUGUUGGCACAUUUAUUGAUUACACUGAUGAGAAUAUAGUUCAGGCGGCCGGCAAGUGUCUACACUUACUACAACAGAUACGUGGAGGAGGUACUGUUGGUAUAAGUUACUCAGAGGCAUGGCAAAAGCUUCAGCUUCAUAUCGUCAGCAAUCUACACGAGACCCUGAAUCACAUUUACUCAGAUUGCCCAGAGAUUUAUGAUCACCCACAAUCAACGGAAACGAACAUUAUUGAGUUGGAACUAAAUGAUGACCCCAUCAAACGCGCCUCGCAGUUAUUCAUUCGUUUAAAAAAUUUAGUGAAUUAUCUAGUAGUGGCAUUGACUGAACCGUUCCCUGUAGCCAAACCAAUAAUGCCAAGGAUAAUUUUGAAUCUAAUACAACGAGGACUGGGCAUAAAUUGUGUGAUUCUAGGGAGAAUGCCAACUGCUAACAAUUUGGCCAUUGGAGCUUUACUACCACAAAUCCAUACUGAAUUUUUAAGUGUUUUAGAUGCAUUGAUUUUGACGUUGAAAUCAAAUAUGGCGCUCUAUGCCAGCACUGUUCUAAGUUGUAUAUUGGAAACGUUGAAAUGGACGAGCUCGGGCAAAUCAUCAGGCGUAACAAAGCCUUAUUUAUCGCUCCGACAAGCAGCGUACAAAACAAUGGCACUCUGGAAUGAGACAAUGAAAUACGGAAGCUGCUGUGAAUUGAUCGCCGAAUAUCUCGUACAACAAAUCAAAUACGACAUUCUUCCUUUCCAAAAUGAGGUCACACUCAAAGUAUUGAGUGGAGGCAAAAAGCAUAUGUCUAAAAAGGCAAGACGUCAACUACAUAAAGCACAAAAUGAGCAAUCCAAUAUCUCACAAACACACUCAAAAGCAUUUAAUCCGCACACGUCUAAAGUUCUUUAUUCAGAUGAAGGUAAUCAGGAACUUUGCGCGGCUGCUUUGGACAGUUUGAAAUACAUAUUGAUGGCUAGUUCAUGUUUUUUGAAGCCAAUCGUGAUUAAGGAUAUAUUAGAUACCAUCUUCUCCAUAGCUAUUCACGUCAUCAACUACGAUGAAAACACAAGAACAGAACUUUACUCAAAUCAUGUUUGUAGAGCAAAACUAUUUGAAGUUAUUUGCACUACAGUAACAGAUCCCCACCAUCUAUGUCCUCCCCCACUUCAGCUUGUUAUUGAUAUUUUUACAGUAGCACAAGCAAAAGAUAAAGAUGCGAUGGUACGUUCUUCAUGUAAUCAGUAUAUGAGAGUAUUGGAAAAAGUUAUACAUCCACAAAAGGAAAGCAUAUUCUAUCCUAUCAAUAAAAAUGAACAGAAGAAAGCGUUCCAAACACAGAAUGGUCACAGGCUUCAGAUUACGGAGGACGAAGAAGAAGAGGAAAAUGAGAAAUCAGAUUUGGAAAAUGUCGAACAAGAAGAAAAUAUAGUGGAUUUGGAAAAUAGCGAAACCGGGGCGAAAUCUGAGACUGAAGAUUAUGAAAUUUCAGCGCAAAUAGAUCUAACCGAACCAUUACAGGAAGAACAUCAUCUUGGCAAACCUCCAGAUGCAGAAAAUAUAUCUGAUACUGAAGAAGCCGUGGACCACAUUUCAGUAACAUCUACAACUCAAGAAAAUUCCCCUGAAGUGAUGGAGGUGCCAUUCGAAGAGAACCUAACUCAAUCUCAAAACUCGAAUUCACAAAGUCGCUAUGGAGAAGUUAGUGCAGAGAGUGAGAAGCAGGUGGAUGAUGAUGAUCAACCGGAAAUGAAAAAACGUAAAACCGAAUCAGAUAGCGAGGCAGGCUUAGUAGAGGAAAAAGGGAAAGAAAUCAAUGCAACUGAUAAUAAAGAUGAAACCAUGGAACCAGAGGCUGACAACGAUAGAACUAAGGAUGCGGUUGUGGGACAAGUAGUGGAGGAUAAGGAUAAGGGUGAAAUUAAAACACAUGCAACGGAUGAGGAUGCAAUUAAUGAUUGUAUGGCAGAUUUUGUAUAUGAACUAAAUCAAGAAAGUGCUUCUGAAUAAAAUUCUUGCAGAAAUCAAAAA